UCCCUUCCUCCACCUUCUCUCUUCUUAAUCUCCCUUCACACCGGUCCACCCCCUUCCUCCUAGUGUGACCAAGGGAGAAAACCAGCUAACCUUAGCCAUGUCGAACCCUGCGACAUCGCUGCCGCCGGGUUUCCGGUUCCACCCGACCGACGAGGAGCUCAUCCUCCACUACCUCAGGAACCGAGCAGCGUCUUUUCCAUGCCCGGUUUCUAUCAUCGCGGAAGUCGAUAUCUACAAGUUUGAUCCAUGGAACCUCCCUGCCAAAGCUUUGUUUGGGGACCGAGAGUGGUACUUCUUUAGCCCGAGGGAUCGCAAGUACCCGAACGGGAUCCGGCCAAACAGGGCAGCUGCAUCGGGGUACUGGAAGGCGACCGGGACUGAUAAGCCGAUCAUUUCCAGCAAAGAGAAUAAGAACAUUGGGGUGAAGAAGGCCCUUGUGUUUUACCAGGGGAGACCUCCCAAGGGGUUGAAGACUGAUUGGAUCAUGCAUGAGUACCGACUCGCCGAAGCCCAGAACAAUAAUAUUUACAGACCCAUGAAGCUUAGAGACUCUUCCAUGAGGUUGGAUGACUGGGUCCUUUGCCGAAUCUACAAGAAGAGCAACCACACCUUAUCGAUGGAUCCUGAACAAGGGGAAAUAGCUGUGGAGGAUGUCUUCAUGCCAGGCUUAACAAACACCACACCACAAAACAACCCUCCCAGUCUUCCCAAGUCUUGCUCUUUGACCGAGCUCUUCGACAAUGUAGACUUCUCUGCACUAUCUCAACUUCUGGAGAACACUCCUGAUAUGCCAAGUUUUCAACAAGAUCCAGUUGUUCAUCCAAGUUCAAAUCAACCUUUCAUCAACAACGGCAGCAGCAGCAAUUCCAGCAACGUUUUUAUUCAACAGCUCUCCCAAACAGAGUCCCCUGUUAUGCCAGCUGAGAAUGCUCUGAAACGCCACCGAACAGUCGACAGCUGCUUGGAACACAGCAGCCAACUUUCCCGCCCAUCAAAGAGGCUUAUUGAUUCAAGCAUUUUUACCAACUUCACCAGCCAGUUUGAUAGCCCUCAAUACAAUUUGAUAGGCCAUCAUUUCUCCAAUCAGCAACUGCUAUUGAACUCUAACCUGAACUUGCGGUGACCUCACAGUUAUCAGUAGAAUAAAGGAUUUUCAAAACAUAACAUGGAAGGAAAAAAGAAGAACAUGAAAGCUUUGACGGUUAGUGAUAUGGGCCCUUAUAUUGUAUGGCUUUGUAUGGUUUGAAGAAGACAUGUUUAGAGAGAGAAAAUUGUGGGUUCGGAUGGUGCCAAAAUGAAGGUGCCACUGCGUGUAAGUUAGAAAGGCUACAAUGAAGACAAUGUAUUGGCUGAGUUAGAAGAGUGGGUUUGUCCAUAUUAUAUGUAGUUUGGAAUGGAAGCUUGAGUUAUCAACUUCAUCAGUAAUAGUCCAAGGAUACUAUGGGAAUUAAAAUCUAUUAAUACAUCCAAUUAUUUGUCACA